UAGAAGAAGAAAGUCACUUCCGUAAACACAAGGCAAGUGCGAUUUUGAAUCUACACACCGGUGUAUUGUUAAUGUGGGUUUCCCCUGAAUUUAUGCAUCCCCAGUAUGAACGAUGUCUCAGCCUGAAUUAUGUUGUACAACCUCUGAUGCCAUAGAAACAUCUUGUGUGAGUGAGGAUAAAGAAGCUUGUAAAGAUGACUCUGCUGACACAAACAGUAAGUGUGUGGGCACUGACGGUGGCGCUCCAGACAGCAGUGUCAGGGACCGCGUGUUAAGGGAGGUAGGAUUCACCAGCUCUGCCUUCAUCGGUCCAGCAUUUCCUCCACAAACAACUGCAGCCGAGUCGGUCAUUGAAGACUCGCUGAGUGAGUUUUACAAAGAGCUUGAGAAGAUCAAUACCCCUGAUGGUGCUAAUGGUAACCCAGGGAAACAAGAUGCAGCUUUUGAUCAGCCACUUGUACCUACUAAAUUACCCACCAGCAACAAAACUCAGGAUGUUCCUGAGGAGAAAAUUGCUAACAUGAGGGACUUUGAAGAAACAGAUGGCUCCCAAAAAAGCAAUGGAAGAAAACAGCCAGCAUGGCCUCACUGGUAUCAAAAUGAGCCAUACAAUCCCAGGAAGCAGAGGCCAGGCCUGGAGCUGAGCUCUCCCCAGUGGCGUCAUCCACAACCACUGGACAGGCCACCACACCCAAGAUUUCAGAGCCCACCAUUCCCUCACCAACCACCACCGCAUGCAUUCCCAAAUCUACAAAACCCACCACCACAUGGGAACCCUACCUUUCAACAUCCAAGCAUGGCAAACCGCUUUCAAGAGGAGCUGCGGUUUCCACCUUUUUAUAGAUUCCCACCUCCAAAUGUUUCCAGACACCCUUCUCAGGGAUUUUAUGGAGGUCCUCAACAUCAGUUUGACAGGGAUGUGCAUGGCUCCAGCUAUGAUGGACACUCAGCUAAUGAAAAUGUCAGAUGGCUUAGAGAUAGAAGUGAAGAGCUCUCUCAGUUAAAUGAAGAUUAUGACAGGCUCCAGAGAUGUGAUUCAGAAAAUGAACCUUGGGAGCGACAGCACUACUAUCAGCCGCGUGACGACACACAUGCAUGCCAUUCAGCCCUGGUGCUGAUCUUGAUGCGGGGAUUGCCAGGAUCUGGGAAAUCCACAUGUGCCAGGGAGCUGCUCUCCACUGGCCCCAGUGGGAUCAUUUUGAGCACAGAUGAUUACUUUGCACACAAAGAUGGCUACCACUAUGAUCCUAGUCUUCUUGGAGCAGCACAUGAGUGGAAUCAGAGAAGAGCUAGAGGUGCUCUUCAUGAUGGCCGGUCUCCCAUUAUUAUUGAUAAUACAAACAUUCAAGCCUGGGAAAUGAAGCCAUAUGUCAAAAUGGCUUUGGAGAGCGGAUACAAAGUUGACUUUUGUGAACCGGACACCAGAUGGAAAUAUGAUCCUUACGAGCUGGAGAAGAGGAACAAACACGGUGUUCCUCAGGAGAAGAUCGCGCAGAUGAUGGACCGUUUUUCUAUUCCCAUAUCCAUAGACAUUGUCAUGAAUUCAGAAGAACCGUUUCAUGUGAACCAGAGACGUCGACCAGAGCAGCCGCAAAUGAUGAGGAAAAAGCCAAAUUUACAUAAUUUCUAAGACAAUUUAACAGCUUCGUAAUUUACCUUGUAUGACCAUUUUUAGUGUAAAUAUUGUGAUUUUUAUAAUUUGUGCCUGUUUUUAAUAUAUUACUUUGUAUACUGUAAUUUUUCAUAAGAAAAGAGAAAAAAUAUUUUUCUGAGGAAAUUAAAAUCUGCAAUUUAGUAUGUAAUAACAGAUUUUUACAGUAUGCGUAUUCUUCACAUUACAGAACAACAGUGGAAACCAGGAGUUUGCUCUGUUUUAAAUUUAUUUUUUUUACUCAUUUACAAGUUGUUACAAUUUUUGGUGAGCUUGAUCAGUGAUUUAUCAUCUUGGUUGUUGUUCUCUUUCUUUCUUUCUUUCUUUUUUU